AUGGCUUUGGUUGCCGGACCAGGGAUCGGGGGAAGUCGCUCUUCUGCCGGCACCUUGCCCGCAGAACUCACCCUGGUCAUCGACAAACAUGUCAAAUAUAUCCAAGGAUUGGAUAGUCGAAAAGAUGAGCUUGACUACUGGUUGACCGAGCACCUGAGACUCAACGGCGUCUAUUGGGGUUUGACAGCUCUUCACCUUCUGGGUCAUCCAGAUGCACUGCCGCGGGACAAAACACUAGAAUUCGUCUUGGCCUGUCAAAACCAAGACGGAGGCUUCGGUGCAGCUCCUGGCCACGACUCUCAUAUGCUCUACACCGGGAGCGCCGUCCAAAUUCUUGCAACAAUUGAUGCAUUAACAGACCUAGAAGUCUCCCAGACAGGAGGGAAGGAGCGGAUAGCGAGAUACAUUGCCGGCCUUCAGGAUCCAACCACUGGCACUUUUGCCGGAGACGAAUGGGGUGAAACCGACACCCGGUUCCUCUAUAUUGCCUUCAAUGCACUAUCCAUCCUCGAUAUGAUGCACCUUGUCAAUGUCGAGAGCGCCGUGUCCUAUAUCCAGGCGUGUGCGAACUUCGACGGCGGCUUCGGAAGAGCCCCCAGCGCGGAAACGCAUGCCGGUCAGAUUUUUACUUGUCUCGGCGCUCUGAGUAUCGUGAGACGGCUUGAUCUGGUGGAUGCUGAGCGGUUGGGUGCUUGGCUGAGCGACAGACAGCUGUCUAAUGGAGGACUCAAUGGCCGACCCGAAAAACUGGUGGACGUGUGCUACAGCUGGUGGGUGCUCAGUAGCCUUGCCAUGCUUGGGAAGUUACAUUGGAUCGAUGCGGCGAAAUUGAUCACAUUCAUUUUGAGCUGUCAGGACUCCGAACACGGGGGCAUUUCAGAUAUGCCGGGAGAUAUGGUCGAUGUCUUUCACACCGUCUUUGGAGUUGCCGGUCUGAGUCUGCUCGGCUAUCCCGGUCUUGUCGAGGUUGACCCUGUCUACUGUAUGCCCAAGAAAAUCACUCAAGCUCUACCGUAUCAUCAAGCGUGA